GCUGCGGUAGGUUUGCCUCCAUCCCGGAAUGACCGGCAGAUACCGAGGCAGCGCGGUGCGGGACGCGACGAGGGACUCGCCGCUUGAUAACGCCUUUUCUGUUGUUACCUGAAGCCUCCUUCGUCUCUCUUUGAUCCAGGUUUGUCACCGUAAGGCUUAUCAUGGCUUCCAGUCACACUGUGUUGAUGCGGUUGGUAGCUUCAGCAUAUUCUAUUGCUCAAAAGGCAGGAAUGAUUGUCAGACGUGUUAUUGCCGAAGGAGACCUAGGCAUUGUGGAGAAGACCUGUGCAACAGACCUGCAGACCAAAGCUGACCGAUUGGCACAAAUGAGCAUCUGCUCUUCACUGGCACGGAAAUUCCCCAAGCUAACAAUCAUAGGGGAAGAGGAUCUGCCUUCUGAAGAUGUGGACCAAGAGCUCAUUGAAGAUGGUCAGUGGGAGGAGAUACUGAAGCAACCCUGCCCAUCACAAUACAGUGCUAUUAAAGAGGAAGAUCUUGUGGUCUGGGUUGAUCCUCUGGACGGCACCAAGGAGUACACUGAAGGUCUUCUUGACAACGUAACAGUUCUUAUUGGAAUUGCUUAUGAAGGAAAAGCCAUAGCCGGAGUUAUUAACCAGCCAUAUUACAACUAUCAGAACGAUGAAAAGCAGAAGUUAAGGGAACACAGGGAUGAAGCCAAGGCAGGACCAGAUGCUGUGCUGGGGAGGACAAUCUGGGGAGUUUUAGGUUUAGGUGCCUUUGGGUUUCAGCUGAAAGAAGCACCUGCUGGGAAACACAUUGUCACAACUACCCGAUCCCAUAGCAACAAGCUGGUUACUGACUGUAUUACUGCCAUGAACCCUGACAACGUGCUGCGAGUGGGAGGAGCAGGAAAUAAGAUUAUUCAGCUGAUUGAAGGCAAAGCCUCUGCUUACGUAUUUGCAAGUCCUGGAUGUAAGAAGUGGGAUACUUGUGCUCCGGAAGUCAUCUUACACGCUGUGGGAGGCAAGUUAACGGAUAUCCAUGGAAAUGCCCUUCGUUAUAACAAAGAAGUGAAGCAUAUGAACUCAGCAGGAGUCCUGGCCACCCUGAGGAAUUACGACUACUACGCAAGUCGAGUUCCGGAAUCUGUUAAAAACGAGCUUGUUCCUUAAGGGCAGCCUCGGGUACUUAGCAAGUAGAAGGACUUGGUUUCACAAAUUAAUACACUGUAAAAUGAACUGAAUGGAAUUUUAAAAUGAACUGAAUGGAACAAACCUUUUCUUUGUUCAUUGGUGAUCAGCAAAUUUAUUAGGAGUAGAAAAUAGAACUAGGAAUUUAUCUUGAUUAAUUAAUCAACCAGAACAGUUUUCAGAUUUGGAGAAUUUAUAAAGUCAGUAUGUUGUAUUUCUUUUCCUCCUUUUAUUUGGAGAAAUGAAAGAUUUAGUCCUAAUUGACAGUCCAGGUCAGUUACUUAGUCAACAUUCCCAUCGUGUAGACCGGAUUUCUUUAGGGCACAGAAUCACAAGUCAUUACCUGGUCUUAUUCUUGUUUUCCACAGUAAUUUUUAAAGCUUUCCGAUUUCAGUUGUGUAUACACUAAAAUGCCAUUACAUAUGUUGAUGAAACGGAGUCAUGGCAAAAGUUCCUUUAUAAAAAAUGAUUUAAUUCUAGCUCUUUGUUAUUCACUAGUUUUAUUUUUUUUAAGUAUUUGAAAAUUAUAAAUUCUCUUUGGGGGGAUUAGUUUAUUCUUAUGGUGGCAUUAGUGCAAUGGGUUUCUAUUAUAUGGCUUUUCUGGCCCUGGAUUUGCACCUCCCCCAAAAUGGUUGGUUGGGCCAUGAUCUGUCUGCCAAAGGACUGGUCAGUUCGCUUUCCACAUAAGUGGCUUGCAAGUAUUGGUCAGCUUACAGUCCACCUAAGGGAUUUGCUGGGGUCCCCACCCUGUAGUUGACCUUUACCUGGAUUAGUUAAGGAGCCCGCCCUGUAAUUGGCAAGGAGUAAAUGAGCUGCCUUAUAAAAUGCCUUGAACCAGAGGGUAGAGCUGCCCUGAUCCAGAGGAGAGGAGAGCUGCUGGCGUCACCCUGAGAAAAACUUGUUCCUCUGGGCAGCUUAUCUGACGCUUCCUGAAUGCCAAAGCGAGAGAUGCAGUCUCUUCUUCUGGAGCUUUCCCAGACCUCGUUCAUAUACCUCUUUCUGAGUUGUAUCCUGACUUUCCUGACAUUGACCUUGAAUGCAUCCCAAAUUGAGUCCUGUGACUUCUCCAUUAUUAUCCUAAUAAACCAAGUAACCAUGA